GAUCGCGCGGACCCUUGCUCAGACCGGGUUGAAAAGUGUAAUUCUGCAGGUGUACGGUGCGCGUGCUUAGUGUUUCAGAACUGAUAUCGUUCAAGGACUGACUUCUAGUGGCAAUUCUUAGUUCAGUGAUUCAAGUGAUACUAUUUUAAUGAAAAUUUAUUGACUCAUUUCAUACCGUAUUAAAGUCUGUGAGAAAAUGUUGCUCAAGGCACUGUUUCUCGCAUAUCUGUCGGCACUGGGGCCACCGGCGGCGAGAGCCAUUAAGGAUGCACUGUAUGCCUACGCGCCGGAAUAUGCACAUCCUUCAUACUCGUUCAGCUACGGUGUAAAAGAUCUGCACAGUGGCGAUGUAAAGUCACAGUGGGAAACCCGUGACGACGGCAUAGUCAAAGGACACUACAGUGUCGUGGAACCGGAUGGCUCGAUUCGCGAAGUCGACUACACGGCUGAUUCAAAAACAGGAUUCAACGCGGUAGUGAAAACUCACGGACCGAAUGCGCAUCCCGUUCACGACGAACAUGAGCACUUCCGGUACGAUGACCACCAUUCGCAGUCAAAAAUAAACCACUUCAGCAAAGAUCAAGAUCACAUCAUUUUAAGUUCGGAUGUGCCUCAGCAUGAAGACGACAUCGCCGAACUCAGUGACAAGAAAAGACCAACUCCGUCACUGUUGGAACUGAAGCCACACGUCAAUUUCGAUUCGGGUCACAAAGGUUACCGUCCUUCGUACGGUAGCGGAAAGGAACCCUUCUUCUCCAAGGAGUUCGAUUUCUCGAAAGAUAGUUUUAAGCCAACCAUUCGAAUCGAAGAAGUUAAAGCUCCUGACCUAUCAAAGUUGAAACCAAUUUCCCCAUCGGUAGAUUUCUCAAAUCUGGGAGAAGCAGAACUUAGUCCGUACUACACUCAGGACGGACUCUACCAGCCGUACGCUCAGUACCAAAAUCAAGUGGCCCAUCCAAUUACGCUCCAGAAGGCCAAACUUAGUGGCAUUCGUCAAUCGAGCAGCCCCAAGAAAAACCUUCUGAAACCAUCGGCCAUUUCAGGACAGAAACAUUUCACCGCACCGAAAGUGUACAAGUUUAAAGCUCGAGGAGGACCACCGCCGCCAGAGUAUUCCACCUACUUCGGACCGCCGACGGGAUUGAGCAAACGGCAGGCACGAACCGGUCCGGUUCUGUUCCCGGCCACGGAACAGAGGAUUGCAUCGCAGAAAAUAGUCCAAGCGAUGGUCAACCAGCAACAAUUCCGACGGUUUCCGGUUUAUGCCAACGGGUUUACGUAGGACACGUCAUGCACUCGUCAUGCCUCGGGGGACUUCUGUGCAAUAUUGUUAGAACGGUUAGCCGGUCAUAACUGUUUGAAAUUACCUAUACCGUGCAAUUAGGCAGCUAUCGAACCAAGUCUAUUUUGUGCUUCCUGUACGAUUAUCUUGCGAUUAUUUAUGAAUCUGAACUACUACUUGUUUAAUGUGAUUGCUAUGCAAAUAUUUCUUACGUUUAUAGUGCCUCUAGUUUGUAGAUAGAACAUAGAAA